GUAGGAGCACAUUCUAGCCAGAACUCAGUUCUACUUAGCAGGGCACACAAUAAACAACACAAUUUUCUAUUUUUUUUCCAUAUAUUUUCUAGAAGAUUUUUUAUCGGAGGGUACCCUUGUCGGGAAGUUAUAACUUCACUCGCGAUUUGGGAAUUUGCUGAAGAAUUGUUAGGACAUCCAGGAUCAUGACACGUGGCAAGUACGUCAAUCACAAGGGUCGCACUCGCCAGUUCACACCGGCGGAUGUACUGCAGCAGGAAUACGAUAUGAUGUUCAGAAUCAAAGAGGAGGAUGACCCGGUUUAUGAUCAAGAUGAGGGAGAUGAGAGUAAUUGGGAACUCAAUUUCGAUUUAGAGGAGAACUACGUUCGUCCUUGUGGGGUCCACGGCCUUAUUGAGAUUUCGAAUCCAAAUCGCUUGCCGCCCGGAAAGGAUUUAAGUCAUUUGAUAGCCUUGACGUCUCGGGAAAGGGGUUCCCAGUUGGAUGAUGGCGCCCUAAGGAGACGUCGCAAAAGAAAACAUGCGCGGAUCGAAAUCGAAUGUUUUAAGAAAUCGUCGAGCGAUUUGGCCAAGCGGAGGCUUCGCCGCCAAAAAAGCCGCCGUUUCCGGAAAGGAAAGUUCCCUCAAGAUGACUUGGAAGCCUACGAAAUUAGCGGAGAAGCCACCAUCGGUGGUAAAGGAUCUCAGUGGAUAUCGCGGCAAGAACCGAUCUAACCGCAAAAAGUAGAAAACAGCUAGCAAUCACACACGAUUUUAAUUUGAAAUGGCGAAUUUAAGAUAAUUUUAAGACAUGUUUAAAGAAAGAUUCUCACCAAAAACCUAUUCAACACUAGCUAUACAACUUAUACUCCCAGUCCAUUAUAAAUCCAAUUAGAAAAUGAAUUCCAAAUUGAAGCUACACUCAACCAAAUCUAUUAGUCGCUAAGCAAUACUCAAAUUUUAAAACCAAUUGAGGAGCAGCAAUCGUUUUGAAUGACUUUUUAAAUUGUUUCCAUAUCAUAUCGAUACUAGUUUUGCCAUGAUUCUUUAUAUUAAAAACCAGUAAACACUUA